CCACGUGUUCGCCUCCAGAAGCAGCGGGAGCCUCACUGCGGCCAGAGAAGCGCUGCGCCUCUUCACGCCCGCCCGGCAGGCACGAUGCCGCCGCUGCACCCGACGGUGAAGCCCAACCCGCUGCAGAAAGCGAACCUCUGCUCGCGCCUGUUCUUCUGGUGGCUAAACCCCUUGUUUAAAAUUGGUCAUAAACGGAAAUUAGAAACAGAUGACAUGUACCCAGUGCUUCCAGAAGAUCGCUCCCAGCACCUUGGAGAAGAGCUGCAAGGGUACUGGGAUCAAGAAGUGUUGAGAGCCCAGAAAAAUGGGCAGAAGCCUUCUUUAAUGAAAGCAAUCAUAAAGUGCUACGGGAAAUCCUACUUAGUUUUGGGAAUGUUAACAUUUCUAGAG